UCCUCACCGGUAUCAAUUCGAACCUUUGUUAUCUCUGUGUACAUGUCUCUCUACCUCCUUCGCACUACAACUCGACUCUUACGCACUUCUCGAGCCCUCGCACGCUUACCCAUCGCGACAACUACCCCACCCCCGCACAUCUUCCUAUCGACCAUUUCCCCGUUCCCCCACCAACAAUACGCAAACAUGUCCUUUGCCAUGGCCCAGCGCCUCAAGGGCAAAACGAUCCUCAUUACCGGCGCGAGCGCUGGCAUUGGGAAGUCCACCGCGCUGGAAUUCGCCCGCACUCAGCCUGAUGAUCUAAAGCUGAUUUUGACAGCGCGGAGGGUCGACAGCUUGAAAGAGGUUGCUUCUGAGAUCGAAGGCUCUGCAAAGGGCGUUAAAGUACACAUAGUCAAGCUAGACGUCAGCGUGCCAGAAGAAAUAGAAGCAUUGGUCGGGAACCUUCCCUCAGACUUCAAGGAUAUUGACGUCUUGGUCAACAACGCUGGUCUCGUAAAAGGCGUAGCCCAAGCCCCCAACAUCUCCCCCGCCGACAUGCAAACCAUGUUCUCCACAAACGUAACAGGUCUCAUAAACCUCACCCAAGCCAUCCUCCCCAUCUUCCAAUCCCGCCCCGACAACGGCUCGGGAACAAUCGUAAACAUCGGCUCCAUCGCCGGCCGCGAACCCUACCCCGGCGGCUCCAUCUACUGCGCUACGAAAGCCGCCGUUCGCUCCUUCACCGACGCCCUUCGUCGCGAGCUCAUUUCCUCCCGUAUCCGCGUCAUCGAGAUCGACCCCGGACAAGUCGAAACCGAGUUCAGCGUGGUGAGGUUCUAUGGGGAUAAAGAGAAGGCGAAGAAGGUUUAUGAGGGAGUUGAGCCGUUGACACCCGAGGAUAUUGCUGAGGUGGUGGUGUUUGCGGUGGGGAGGAGGGAGAAUGUGGUUAUUGCCGAUACGUUGAUUUUCCCGAAUCAUCAGGCUGCUGCUACGGUCAUGCACCGGAAAGGGGUCUGAGUUUGACGUGGAAUAUGAGAUAGGGAACGAAGAGGUGAUGGGUUGGUAGAUAGUGGUUGUUUAUAUGUUAGCAUUGCAUCUUACGUAUAUAGAUGAUAUUCAGCUCGAGUAUAUAGAAACAGGCAUCUGCAUCGUAAUCCUACACCUUACCUUACCAUCUCGUCUCCGUCAAUGUCCCCUUAUCUACAUAGUCCUAUGGAACCGUAAACAUGCCCACGUCAACUUAUAACACGCGGAGUAUGUAUUCAAUCAUCAAGUUUACAUAUCUGAAUUGUGGAUACGAUUUCCGGGACUCAUCUUUCGUUGGCUGUUGCAUACAUUCGCAAGCUCAGUCAUUGAAGAUGACGGCAGGGCCUUGCCUUCCUCAUCAUGACAAAAAGAAGGCGGAAAUCGCUACUUUGAGGUUUCAGUGAUUGGGUUCAUGAACCAAUCACAGUGUCAUUGUACUUUUUUCGUACCGGAUUUAUUUGAUCGCGAUACUUUCACGCCACCGAGUCGCCUCUGUAAGAGGAGGAGGAGAUAAUUUCUGCAAUGUUCGAUAGGUUCUUCGCUUCAUGUUCAGAAUGGCGCACAGACGUGCGCAAGAUCGCCAAACUGAUCGGUCCUUCCGACUAUAUCGGCCGAUACUUCUGAGCCUCUCCAGUGCAAAGUGAUCCCCGGUCGAGUGGCUGUACAAAUGAUCCGAUUCAACAUGCGCUGGCAUGUGAAACC